AUGGCUGCUCGUCCACAACAACCUCCUAUGGAAAUGCCGGAUCUAUCCAACGCCAUUGUGGCUCAAGACGAGAUGGGUAGACCCUUUAUUAUUGUGAAGGAUCAAGGUAACAAGAAGAGACAACACGGGUUAGAAGCAAAGAAAUCACACAUAUUGGCGGCUAGGUCAGUGGCCUCCAUUAUCAAGACUUCUUUGGGUCCUCGUGGGUUAGACAAGAUUUUGAUUUCACCCGAUGGUGAAAUCACUAUUACUAACGAUGGUGCAACUAUCUUAUCUCAAAUGGAACUAGAUAACGAAAUUGCCAAAUUGUUAGUGCAGUUGUCCAAAUCCCAAGAUGAUGAAAUUGGUGAUGGUACUACAGGUGUCGUCGUCUUGGCAAGUGCAUUACUCGACCAAGCCUUAGAAUUGAUUCAAAAGGGUAUACAUCCAAUUAAAAUUGCUAAUGGGUUUGACGAAGCUGCCAAGAUAGCCAUUGCCAGAUUAGAAGACAGAUGUGAUGAUAUUUCUGCAUCAAACGACGAGUUGUUCAGAGACUAUUUAUUGAGGGCUGCCAAAACUUCUUUGGGUUCCAAGAUUGUGUCCAAAGACCAUGAUAGAUUUGCGGAAAUGGCUGUGGAAGCAGUCACUAGCAUUAUGGAUAAGAGCCGUAAUGACGUGGACUUCGAUUUGAUCAAAAUGCAAGGACGUGUUGGUGGGACCAUAAGCGAUUCCAAGUUGAUUAAUGGUGUCAUUUUAGAUAAAGACUUUUCUCACCCACAAAUGCCUAAGUGCGUUUUGCCAAGGGAAGGUUCCGACGGUGUUAAAUUGGCUAUAUUAACGUGUCCAUUUGAGCCACCUAAGCCCAAGACCAAGCAUAAAUUGGACAUUUCUUCAGUAGAAGAAUACCAAAAACUACAAACUUAUGAACAGGAUACAUUUAAAGAAAUGAUAGAUGAUGUGAAGAAAGCUGGUGCAGAUGUUGUCAUAUGUCAAUGGGGGUUUGACGAUGAAGCUAACCAUUUACUGCUACAAAACGAUUUGCCUGCUGUAAGAUGGGUAGGUGGCCAAGAACUAGAACAUAUUGCUAUUUCCACAAAUGGUCGUAUUGUUCCGAGAUUCCAAGAUUUGUCUAAGGACAAAUUAGGUACUUGUUCCAGAAUCUACGAAAAGGAAUUCGGUACUACCAAGGACCGUAUGCUAAUCAUUGAGCAAAGUAAAGAAACAAAGACUGUAACAUGUUUUGUUCGUGGUUCCAAUAAAAUGAUCGUGGAUGAAGCUCAGCGUGCAUUACAUGAUUCUUUAUGUGUGGUACGUAACUUGGUUAAAGAUUCGCGUGUGGUUUACGGUGGUGGUGCAGCAGAAGUGACCAUGUCGCUGGCUGUUUCCGAAGAAGCUGACAAACAACGUGGUAUCGACCAAUAUGCAUUCCGUGGCUUUGCUCAAGCUUUAGACACCAUUCCAAUGACUUUGGCUGAAAACUCAGGCCUUGAUCCAAUUGGAACUUUAUCUACAUUGAAAAGUAAACAACUGAAAGAAAACACUUCUAACAUUGGUGUUGAUUGCUUAGGCUACGGGUCCAAUGACAUGAAGGAAUUAUUUGUCGUUGAUCCCUUUAUCGGUAAGAAACAGCAAAUUCUUUUAGCCACUCAAUUGUGUAGAAUGAUUCUUAAGAUUGAUAAUGUCAUCAUUAGUGGUAAGGAUGAAUAUUAA